AUGCCCGCCGUCACGCGAAGUCGAGGUCAGACGACAUUGGAAGAGAAAGGUGUGUCGUCUUCCAAGCCUGCGCCAAAGCGAAAAGCUAUCGCAUCCAAGGAGCCUACCGCGAAGAAGCAAAGGACACAACCCCAAAAGGCUGUGUCGGAGAAGCCAGAAACAUCUAAAGACGGGAACGAAGAUGAUGGAGAUGACACUUUAAUGAUCAACAGAGCUCCUGUACUCGAGCUCUGGGCAAGCAGUGUGGCGCACUUCCUCCAUCCCUCUCUCCCGUGGACGACGUGUCUAAGCAUCGGAUCUUCAGUCUCAACCCUCGCCGCCAUCUCCAAAGGUCGAGCAAUCGGUACGAUGGAGGUACCUGAUCCAGGAGAACAAGCCGAGAAGCGCGCGAAACGGGCAGAGCAGCAAUCUGAUCUAGAAGAAGUGCACAUCAUGAGAUCCCAUUUGAAAUUGAAAGGCGGCAACGCCGUGGUUGGCGAUAAGCCCAAGAAAGGCAACGAGGAGGCGUUGAAGAAGAAAUUCGGUGACGAAAGUUACGAGAAAGUGAAGAAGGUCAUGAGUGAGGCCUUGAAGAGCUGGAACGGUAAGAAAGAAGACUUGCACGAGAGGGCUUUCCACAUGUAUGAGGAUUUCAGACCGACUGUUGCUGCUGGUCAGAAAGGCUGGGGAAGGAAAGGGACUCUGAGGUUGAAGACGAUCGAGAGUGCCGUUGAGGCCGGCUGA